AAUCGCUUCCCACCAGACAGGAGCCGUUGCGCCGCCAGAACCCAUCCCUGUUCCGGUCGCUGCGCUAUCGAAAUUUACUUCCUCAGCCGCCGCCGCCGCCUUCCCAAACACCAGCUGCCGUCCCCCCUGCGCACCACCUUCAACCCCGUGCCUCGCCCACCACCACUGUCCAGAUCCCAGAGCCUCUCAAGCCUAACAUUUCCAUCAGCCAUCCAGAAUAUCAAAAUCAUAUGAAAAUAAUCAAUAAAGCUGAAUUAUAUUUGGCUUUGAUAGGUUUCCGGACACCGACGCAGCGUUGCCGUAUCGGUGUUGCCAUUUACCAAUUCCAAUUUGAUAACCAAUUCACAAACAAAUUUGCAUAUAUCGAGCGCGCACCGAACGCGACUUUUUCUUAUUUGUUUGUUUUUCGUUUAGUUUACGAGAGUUCGAUCUUCUCAAUUAUUUUCAUUAGAUCUUUUGAAUUUCAUUUACAAUUCCAUUGAACUCACAUGGUACGUACAAUGGAACCUAAUCCAUCUAAUCGUGCUAUCCAUUCGGAAAAUGUAAUUGCAAUUAAUAACAAGUAAUCGCAGCAACAGCAACAGCGAAAAAUGGUGCAAUAGAGGUUGGUACGCCUAAAAUUGCGCUAGAACAACCAACAUCAGGUUAUGCGGCCGUUUGUUUGUAAAUUGUUCAACUCGAUUCCCGGCCGAAGAUGCUACUCAAAAGAGCUCUGGUCAACUUGCUGAAGCCCCGCAAUGUCCGCAACUUUGGGUACAUUCCUAUUGUGGUGGAACAGACUGGCCGGGGUGAGAGAUCCUAUGAUAUCUACUCUAGACUUCUUAAGGAGAGAAUUAUCUGCUUGAUGGGCCCCAUCCAUGAUAGCGUUAGUUCCGUCAUUAUUGCACAACUUCUCUUCCUGCAGUCCGAGUCUAGCCACAAACCCAUUCAUAUGUACAUCAACAGUCCUGGUGGUUCUGUCACAUCUGGCUUAGCCAUCUACGAUACCAUGCAAUACAUUCAAUGUCCAGUUGCCACUUGGUGUGUGGGCCAGGCCUGCAGUAUGGGAUCCCUACUUCUAUCUGCGGGUAGUGCUGGCAUGAGAUAUUCACUACCAAAUGCUAGGAUCAUGAUUCACCAGCCUUCUGGUGGAGCCCAGGGUCAAGCAACAGAUAUCCAAAUCCAGGCCGAAGAAAUCUUGAAGUUGAAGCAUCAAAUAAAUCAGUUGUACGUGAAGCACACCGGCCUCGCUUUAGAUAAAAUCGAGAAGAACAUGGAGCGCGAUAAGUUCAUGAGUCCAACCGAGGCCCUGGACUUCGGCCUCAUUGAUAAGGUCCUGACGACCAACGGCAAGAACGGAAAAAGCUCCUAGGAAAAGGUUUAUCCAAAAAACAUAAUAUUAUAUAGAACCCAUACGGAAAUUUCUUUUGAUUUGGAUGUGCUAAUGAUUUCGAAUAUUAAUUGUUCAAAUCAUUUGCGCAAUUAGAAUCUACUUGUCAUUAUGUUGGGUAGUGGCAAAAAAAAGAAGAAAGAAUAUUAUGUUUGUCCUCAUGAUUGUCUCAGUUGUGAUUAAGUUGUGGAAAAAGGUUUUCUUUAUUAUGUAAUAUAUUUUGUUUUAUUUAUAA